AUAUUUGGCGCCGGUGGCAGACUAGCUGCUGACAGCGGGCACAGAGUAACCGGGGACAGAGCCGCGGCUCGGCUGUUUUCUAGUAUUUUUCUCUUGGAGAAAAGACAGAGGGACAUUCGUACAUGUACUAAGAGAGAGUCGGCGCGGUGUAGUUUUUGUUAUUUCCCUCAUUUUCCAGUCAGCCGUCUGUCGAAGCUUGUCCUGCGCGGGCAGACGGAAAUACCUUGAAAAUGCCUCCUGUCGAAAAUGACACCGGGAAGAAUGAACUCAAAACUCGGAUACAGCAGCUCAUUGACUCCAACCAGGUGGUGGUUUUCAGCAAAAGCUACUGUCCGUUUUGUGUGAAGGUAAAAGACCUGUUCACAGAGCUGAAAGUCGAAUGUAACGUGGUGGAGUUGGACCUCAUAGAGGAUGGACCCAACUACCAGGAGAUGCUGCUCGAGAUGACUGGACAGAAAACUGUUCCUAAUGUCUUCAUCAACAAAACGCACGUUGGCGGCUGCGACAAAACAAUGCAGGCUCACAAAGAUGGCAGCCUGCAGCAGUUACUGAGUGGUAACAAUGAAUCUUAUGACUAUGACAUGAUUGUCAUCGGAGGAGGAUCUGGAGGACUGGCCUGCUCAAAGGAAGCUGCUACUAUGGGGAAGAAAGUCAUGGUGCUGGACUAUGUUGUACCCACACCAAAAGGAACCACCUGGGGUCUUGGUGGAACCUGCGUGAACGUGGGCUGCAUUCCCAAGAAGCUGAUGCACCAGACGGCCCUGUUGGGCACAGCCAUGCAGGACGCACGCAAGUUCGGCUGGGAGUUUGAUGAAACAGUGAAACACAACUGGGAGACGAUGAAGACGGCGGUGAACAACUACAUCGGCUCACUGAACUGGGGCUACAGGGUGGCACUGAGAGACAAGAAUGUCAACUAUGUCAAUGCCUAUGCAGAGUUCAUUGAACCACAUAAAAUCAAGGCAACAAACAAACGAGGGAAGGAGACAUUUUACACCGCGGCUAAGUUUGUCUUAGCUACAGGCGAGAGGCCACGCUACCUGGGCAUUCCUGGAGACAAAGAGUACUGCAUCACCAGUGACGACCUCUUCUCGUUGCCUUACUGCCCGGGAAAGACCCUCGUGAUCGGGGCGUCGUACGUGGCUCUGGAGUGCGGUGGCUUCUUGGCAGGCUUGGGUCUCGAUGUCACCGUUAUGGUGCGGUCCAUUCUGCUGAGGGGUUUUGACCAGGAAAUGGCCAAUCGUGCCGGAGAACACAUGGAGGAGCAUGGUGUUAAGUUCCUCCGCAAAUAUGUCCCUGUAAAGGUAGAGGAGCUGGAAGCAGGCACUCCUGGGAGGCUGAAGGUGACAGCCAAAUCCACAGAAACCGAUGAGAUCAUCGAGGGAGAGUACAACACUGUGUUGAUAGCAGUGGGCCGAGAUGCUUGCACAGACAAGAUUGGUCUGGACAAGACCGGGGUCAAAGUCAACUCCAAGAAUGGAAAAAUUCCAGUGAACGAUGAAGAGCAGACCAAUGUGCCCCACAUCUAUGCCAUUGGAGAUAUUCUGGAAGGCAAGUGGGAGCUGACACCUGUCGCCAUCCAGGCUGGCAAGCUGUUAGCACGACGCCUCUUUGGGGGAUCAACACUCAAGUGUGACUACAUCAAUGUUCCCACAACUGUUUUCACCCCACUGGAGUACGGCUCCUGCGGUCUGUCCGAGGAGAGAGCCAUUGAGCUCUACGGGGAGGACAACAUCGAGGUGUACCACAGUCUGUUCUGGCCUCUGGAGUUCACUGUGCCUGGCAGGGACAACAACAAAUGCUACUCCAAGAUCAUCUGCAAUAAACUGGACAAUGAACGAGUCAUUGGGUUUCACUACCUGGGCCCCAAUGCCGGGGAGGUGACGCAGGGCUUCGGUGCAGCCAUGAAAUGUAGAGUCACCAAGGAGCAGCUGGACGGCACCAUUGGCAUUCACCCAACCUGUGCUGAGGUCUUUACCACCUUGGAGGUGACCAAGCGCUCCGGUGGAGACAUCACCCAGGCCGGCUGCUGAGGUUAAACCCUGCUCGUUUAGCGGGCUGCUCUCAUAUUAGACUUUCCCCCUGACUCGUCUCAUCUUAGUUCCCACUCAGCCUUUAAGCUCAGCAUCACCUCCGGUCGCUGACUUUACAGGGCAGUUGUUUCUCAGGACAAACCUAACACCAUUAUCAGCACAGCGUCUGAGUCAGUGAAAGCACUCUUUAGGCCUGCUGGGAACUAAGAGGUGAGCGGAAGAAGCUAGAGCUGAGAAUGUGUGAGCCUCCAGCUCUGGCCCGGGGUGGUUUCAUAUAAGAGCAGCCUGCUGAACAGCGGGGUUACUCUGCUGAUAUUUCCUCUGGGCUCCACCGGCGUGUUUUUCUCAGAGGAGCACCAACACACACACACACACACAGUAUGAGUAUGUGUGUGUUUGGGCUGUUUGUGACGUCCUGGCCCGUAACCCAAAAUAAUGAGGUGGGCGAGGAUCGAUGUCCCUCUGCAGAAGCAGCUGAUGGUGGCCCAAACCCUUCGUCCAACCCCCAAAUUAAAACACUUGUCAUUCACUUCUCAGUGUGCGUGUGGUGUACAGACUCAAAUCCACUUCCGUAGGAUAGAUGUAAAUUAGCGCACACAGGGUUUGUAAAGAUGCACAGCCCCAAACUCUGCUCCGGCUUGUGAUGGAAACUUAUUUAAAGUGUGUGUGUGCGUGUGCAUGUGUAUGCGUGUGCCUGUGUGUGUGUGUGUGUGUGCCUGUGUGUGUGUGUGUGUGUGUGUGUGUGUGUGUGUGUGUGUGUGUGUGUGCCUGUGCCUGUGUGUGCCUGUGUGUGUGUGUGUGUGUUAAAUGCCAUCAUAUCUCAUCUGUUGAGCCUUCAUUGUUUCACACAUUCCUCUUUCCAGGUCUUUGAGAUAAAACUCUUUGAGGUGUAUACAUGUUGCUGUUCAUACUCAUGUCUUUUCUGUGUGGAGGCACCAGGGUUUUCUGCCUUAAAGAGAACUCCACUCUACCAAAGUGUUUAUCUAAACAAGUCUGCAUCAAGAUCGACACCUUUCAGACCUCUGGUGCGCUGCAUCUCAACACUUUCAGAUAGAACUGAACGCAAAAUACAACCUGAGUUGUGCUGAAUGUUGUGUGUUUCAACAAAAACAUUUUCUCAAGUUUUUACUCUAAUAAUUUAAAGCUUGUUUGUUGCAUCUUGCUGUUUGCCUCUAUGUUAUGUGUAUGUAAAAGAUAUAUUCAGUCUUCUAGAGGACAGUAUUCUGACUGCUGUCAUUGAGUGACAUUGGUCAUCUUUAUAAAUGACUUGUUUGUUGGUGUCAAACCACUGUAGACUACUUCUCUCUCAAGAUUUAAUAAAGGCAGACUUCACCUUCA